GGUAUUUUGAUUACUCACUCCUAUGGUCACUCCCCAAUCACAAAGUUUACUAUUGCCCACCCACAAUUUCUGCCAACUUCCGAUAUAUUUUUACAGCAGCAGACUAUGAGUUUCUGAAACCAAUCCCCUAGGUCAAUAAUAUCCACAUCCAGUCAUGACCUCACGCAAGCGAAGUGGCAGCGGCUCCACCAAGCGGCCCAAGGAGAAGGUGGUCUACAUAUACGAGCUGUUGUGCCGGGGCGAGGAUCCCAGCAGCGAGAGUCCCGAGUUCUGGAACGAGUUCUUCCUGCUGCAGCCGAACUUCGAGGCACUGGAGAAUGAGAUUGGCAAACUCAACAACGAGCAGCUGCAGCUGGUGAAACCGAAUCUAAACAACCUCUUCCAGAGGUGCAUCGAAAUGCUUGACACGGAAGAUCAUCCCAAGCGCCUGUGCAACAGUCUACAAACGCUAUGCUCCUUGUUCUACGGGAUCUUUAAGAAGUCCAACGCAGAUCCCACGUUUAACAUAUUGAACGAGAUCUUCGGCCACGAGAAGAUGGACGAAUGGCUGAAGCUACUCAUGCAGUACUGCAAUCGCAUCCUCCUGGGUGAUGUGCCCGAGAACACUCGCUUUAUGUGCCUCAAACUGCUCCAGGUUCUGGUCACGGGCACGGAUAACGUCAACCAGAACUCCCUCUUCGAGCACCUGAUGAUGCACAGCAUGUUCGACGCCUUUGUCCGGCUACUCAGCGAUCCCACGUUCCGCAGUCAGCAUGGACACGACAUCGUUAUCCUACUUACGAUUCUGGUCAACUAUCGCAAGCAUGAAGCCACGAAUCCCUAUGUGGUGCAGCUCUCCAUACUCGCUGAUGAGCUGGCUUUAAAUGGCUACGGCCAAAUGAUAUCGCAAUCGCUAAUUGACUUCUGUCGCCAGUACAUUCAGAGUCUUAACAAUGUGCAAUCCUCUUCCUGGUUUUCGUCGCUGUCGAAUAUCGUGGGCAACAUGUUUGUGUCGGAUGAAGGAUGCGAACGGGUGCAGCAGAUCAAGGCGAAUAAUGGCCUUUUGCUUGCCCUAUAUGAGGCAGUGCACCUGAAUCGGAACUUCAUCACAACUCUGGCUCACACACAGGCAGAGUCCAGUGCCCCGCCCUCGCCCAGUAAUACCUUGAGUUUGGCCCAACCUGUGCCGGUAUCCAAUGCACCCAUCAUUGAUAUUACACAGUAUCCCACCAAUCUGCUGGUGGCCGUAUUUCAGUACUGUUCCAUUGUGAUGCAGGACAAUAAGAACGAGUCGAGCAUUGCUAAUCUGAAGCUGUGUUUCCUCAUCCUCACCUGCAUUUCAGAGGACCAGUAUGCCAACUCGAUGAUGCACGACAGCAACCUUACCUUCAAGGUUAUGCUGCAUCGGGCGCAGAUGCGUCAUCGCAAGCUGAAUGUGGAUCGGGUAGGCAAAUCUCAGCCAUUGGCAGCCACUUUACUGGACCUCCUGGUAGAGUUCAUUGUAUCGCAUUUGAUGAAAAAGUUCCCGAUGGAGCUGUAUCUGCUGUGCAUUGGUGUUAUACAUCGAAUCUUGUGCUACCAAAAGCGAUGUAGAGUGCGCCUCAACUAUCCGUGGAAGGAACUUUGGUCGGCUCUAAUUGGCCUUCUGCGGUUUUUGGUCAACCAAGAACAGACACUGGUGAAAAAGUGCAACAUAUUCCAUUUGUCGCUACAGGUGGUGAAUAUAUUUAAUCUGUUUAUUACGUAUGGUGAUACUUUCCUGGCCACAACAAAUAGCUAUGAUGAGCUCUACUACGAACUGAACCGCGAAGAAAAGGUAUUUACGGAAAUACAUGCCAUGGUUCUUCGCUAUACAACGAUGCCGGACUGCGAAUACAAAGACGAUGUAAUCAAACUCUUAAACGCUUUGGUUAAUAUCCUGGCCAUUGUUAAACACUUCCAGAACAAGAUCAAGGAAUGGCUGGCAGAGCAAGGCCUCUCUACGCCCACGGAGGAGCAGAUACUCGAUGUGGUGCGCAAGAACUACGAUCUGACGCUCAAACUGCAGGACUCCCUGGAUCAAUACGAACGUUACACAGAAACGCCGCUGCACACCAACUUCUUUAAGCUGAUGGUUCGCGACGUUGUCAAUGAUACGCGCAAGCACAUUUACGGCUAUGUGAAGGAGGCCGUAUCUGUUAUUCCGGACCAGGAAAUACUCCUCACCUCCUCUAUGACAUCCGUUUCGGCCGGUACAGCCACUCCGGCUUCAGCAACAGCAGUGCCAGAAGCAAAAGGGUUGCCUUCUUUUGCGUAGUUUUGUAAUUGUAUUUUAAUAUAAAUCAAAUCUCUGGAUGCGUAAACUCGAUGUAAUCUAUAAGAUUUAAAGUGCUUUGCGAGACUUUAUAGCUAAAACAGUGCACUUAAAGCAAAAACAUAUUCUGUGCAAGUUUUUUACAUAAGUAUACAAAAUAUAUAAAUAUUACGUGUAUAUAAAAUCAAACACAAUCACCUCCUUACCACUCCUAUUUUCUAUUAAAGCAUGCCGAAUGAGUAAACUUACCUGGCAAUUUUUUCGAGCUGUUUAAAUGUUAAUUUGGAAAAGUCGCCACCUAAUCUUUGUUGAAAACUAUUUUAAAGGGAGCACCGGAUUUCAAAAAAGGAUAUUUCAUUUGACGCAAAUUUUAACGCUGGCCCAACUAGUCAAUUUUCUUACAUAUCUACUUUUACAUUUCCAAUUUUGUUUACUUUAUAUAUAAUAUAAUAGUCGCCAAACUCUUCCGGUGCGAUUCGUCACUACGUGGUAUGUCGUCCACUGUGACAAAUUUGCAUUGAUUUGCAAAAUGAUUUAGACAGUGUGAUUAUUAUUGUUGCUCUUUUAUUUAUUCCCAAACUUUCCACGUGUGUAUAAUCUUUAAUUCAAAAAUGCGUAUAAAUAUUUGUAAAGUAUUUCUUCUGGUUAUACAGGCGUGUGUAUUGGCUCUAAUUAUAUCGCUACGAUUUAUAAAUGGUAUAUGUUUAACUUUAGCAUGCAAUAUUUGCACGCAUUUAACAAUUGAAUGCAUUAAAAUUGAUCAUGG